CGCCUUCCUCCUCCUUCCAACCUAUGUAUCCCAAGAUUCAGUGCGUUUAGAAGUACCAGGCACACAGACAUCAUGGCGGACGUUUUGGAUCUUCACGAAGCUGGGGGCGAGGAUUUUCCUAUGGAUGAGGAUGAAAGCAUCCAUAAGUUGAAAGAGAAGGCAAAGAAAAGAAAAGGACGUGGUUUUGGUUCGGAUGAAGGCGCAAGGUCCAGAGUGAGGGAAGACUACGACACAGUGGAACAGGAUGGAGAUGAGCCUGGGCCACAAAGAUCUGUAGAGGGCUGGAUCCUUUUUGUGACUGGUGUACACGAGGAAGCUACAGAAGAGGACAUCCAUGACAAAUUCGCAGAGUAUGGAGAAAUCAAGAACUUGCAUCUGAACUUGGAUCGACGAACAGGCUACCUUAAGGGCUACGCACUGGUGGAGUAUGAGACGUACAAAGAAGCCCAGGCUUCCAUGGAAGGGUUGAAUGGUCAAGACCUAAUGGGCCAGCCAAUCAGUGUGGAUUGGGGCUUUGUAAGGGGACCCCCGAAGAGCAAGAGAAGGGGAGGCCGGAGACGCAGCCGGAGUCCAGACAGAAGACGCCGCUGAAGAAUUGUGGCGUCAUGGGUCAUGGGGUCAUAAUGACCAUAAUGGUGGCUUUUUGGAUAAUGUAUAUCCAGAAAGGAUUUCUGUGUUUUUGUUAUGUUCACUGAUGGUUUUGUUAAACCUUUUUAUUUCAUUUCUUGAACUGGGUUUGGAAAAAAUAAAAACUGUAGAAUUAAACCAGUUCAUUAUUCUUUAUUAAAUGCUAGCUCAGAGAGUUGUAUGUUUUUAAGUCAUUUCCAAAUAAAUGUGUUUGUCCUA